GAACUUCAGAAAAUGAUGGAAAUCAAUGAUGCUGAAGCCAACACUUCACAAGCACCCUCUGGAACCUCAAAUAGCAAUACUAAACCACAAUUUUUGGAAAAAAUGGUGCAAAGCAUUGCGUUUGAAUGUAUUGCAACAGUGAUAAUAAUGGGAAGCUGUGUUGUAAUGGCUUUUGAUGAUAUGUAUAUCGAAAUGAAUCCCAGACAGCAUAGAAUUGUUAAUAUUUUAAACUUUACUUUUGCUUUCAUGUUUAUUUUUGAGAUUUUUUUAAGAGUGACUGGAAUUGGAUUUAAAAAGUAUUUUUCAAAUGCAUGGACAGUUUUCGACUUCAUUAUAGUUUUGGUAUCCGUACUUGAAAUAAUUCUCAUUUCGGUUUCUGGGCAAUUGCAUGGUGCAACAAGUGUCAAACUUCUUAGGGCAUUACGUCCUUUAAGAUUUAUUCCUAGAUGGAAAGGAAUGCAGAUGGCUGUUCAAGCUCUUCUGUUAUCCUUUCCUGCAAUAUUCCGAGUGUUAGGUGUGUGUAUGUUCAUUUGGCUGUCAUUUGCUGUUCUUGGUGUUCACUUUUUUAGUGGGAAUUUUUUCCGUUGUGUCGAUUCAAAUCAUGAAAUGGUGACUGAACCAAUAGUUGAUAAAGAUGACUGCAUUCAAAAGAAUUUGAUUUGGGAAGAGCCUUUUUUUACCUUUGAUCAUAUUGGAAUCAGCUAUUUAUCAUUAUCUCAGCUGGCAAUGUUAACAGGUUGGACAGGAUUAGUGCAAAUGAUGGUUGAUUUCAAGGACAGGGACUUACAACCAGAAGAAAACAGUCGUCAGGAGUAUUAUAUAUUCGUUGUGGUUUUUAUUCUUGUUGGUGGCUUUUUUAGUCUGAAUCUUAUUGUGGGAGUUGUGGUGGAUACAUUCAAAAAUAAACAAAAACAUGUUGAUGAUGGUGUCACUGAACUAUUACUAACAGAUGCACAAAAAGGGUACUAUAAUUCCUUGUUAAAACUAAGCACACGAAGACCAAAAGUUCAAACUGAAGCUCCAACCAGUCCCUUUUUAUUUUUCUUCUAUAAAGUUGCAUAUAGUUUAUGGUUCAGAGUUUUAAUUCUGCUGUUUAUUUGCACCAAUACUGUAAUUAUUGCUCUAGAAUCGUACAAUGAUUCACCUUUGAAGCAGAAAAUUCUUAGCUUCUGUAAUAUUGUUUUUACAAUAAUCUAUAUCAUAGAGCUUGCUAUAAAACUUCUUGGAUUACGAAAAUUCUACUUUAAGGAUUUUUGGAACAAUUUUGACUUAGUUAUAUUACUUGCUCACUUAGCUGGUAUGCUUCUACAUACAGCUCUAAAAAUUAGCACCGGCCAUGCUCAACUGACGUUUUUGUAUGUGUUUCGCCUUUUUAGAGUCUUGCGUUUGCUUCGCUUGACAGAAAGUUUAACUGAUCUUCGACACUUACUGUACUCGAUGAUUGCCUCUGUCCCGGCUUUGCUAAACAUAAGUCUACUACUUCUUUUAAUUAUUUUUAUUUAUGCUAUCAUAGGAAUGUCUUUAUUUGCUAAUGUUGAAUACCAUGGAGCUAUAGGUCCUAAAAUUAACUUUGAGACUGCACUAAAUAGUAUGCUACUCCUUUUCCGUUUGACAACAAGUGAAGGAUGGGAAGAUAUUCUUCAGUUUAUAAGUACAGAGAAAAUGCACUGUAAUCCAAGUCUAUCAAAUAACUGUGAAUUAAUGACAGCUGCAACGAUGUUCAUGAUGAGCUUCCUUUUCUUAACUAAUAUUAUUUUGGUUAAUAUUUUCAUUGCUGUUAUUUUGGAUAAUUAUAAAGAAGUUGUGGCUGAAACAAAAAGUAUUAUAAAUGAAGACAAUCUAAUAGGUUUCUAUCGGAUUUGGAAACAAUUUGAUCCAAGAGCUACGCAGUUCAUUCCAUAUGAAAAUUUAUCAGAUUUCCUAAAUCAGCUUGAUAAAGAACUAAGAAUUCCAAAACCUAAUGAUAUUGCUGUGAGCUUCAUGAAUCUGCCCAUUGCUCAGGGAAAUAAAGUUCAUUGCUUGAGUGUUCUAAAGGGUAUACUGAAAAUAAAAAUUGGUAAUAUAGAUGACUCGGCUACAUUUCAAAACCUCUGUAAUAAAAUACAAGGAAAAUAUGAAAAAAUGUUCCCAGAAUUGAAAGGUUUUCGAUUUAUUGAAACUACAAUGCAAUUAAAAAGACGGGAUCACGCUGCUAGAAUUAUACAAAUGCAUUUGAGAAAAAUGAGGAAUGCUAAGCUUCGAAAGUCAAGUCUCAGCCAAUGAUAAAUUUUACCAUGCAAAACCAUUCCAUCAGUAGCUGAGGAACAUAGUAUGUAAUAACUACAGCAGCACCUAUAAAAAGAUUCAAAGAUCAGCUCUUAUAAAUAAGAACAAUUUUUAUUCUGAAAAAUUAAAACUGUCUAAUGAAAACUGUAUUUCUUUCAUUAUUAAUUUAGUAGUCUGAAUUGUUUUUUUUUACAUUUUGCUUGUUUAUAAAUUAAUGCAUGUUAUUUCUUACAUACUAUGUGUAGUCUGCUUGCUAUUCUUACUAGUGGGAUUAGAUGCACACAUGACAAUGACUUUGUAACACAAUAUUUAGAAAAUUAUUAUAUUAGUUAAAAAAGAAUUAGAAUGAAUAUACUAUUCUUGAAAUAUAUUUAUCUUGAGUUGUAACUAUUGAGUCUACGUUUUCUGAAAGUCUUGCUACAUGUCUAAUUAUCUGUCAAAGGUGGCACACACACCGAAACCAAUUUUUACACAUCUUCAAACUAGUCUUACUUUCUCCAAAAUAGCUACUGAUGAAACAGAUAUGACUUCAAAGCUCUGAUUUUAGAAGAGGGGAAAAAAAUAGUUUCAUCAAGCUAGAUCUGAGCCAUGUGGAAGGUGCGCGUACAUUCAUUGUCAAGUCAAAUAAUAACAGUAAUACUGGAAAUGUGAGGUAUGCAUUAUUCUGAUUUAAGCAGAUGCAUGUAAGCUCAA